AUGCUGGCAAAUUGGAUCCAGGGCAAUGAACUUCCCAUCCUGAUAGGGGCUGUGAUCACCCUAUCCUGCAUUCUGGUCUGGAUUUCUCGGGCCUCUCCUUUACAAAAUGUUCCUGGGCCAUGGCUCAAUAAAUAUCUGGGUGUUAGGAUUGCCCUGGCGGAAAUGCGCGGGCACCGCAGCCAGCAGGUCGUCGCAUGGCACCAGCAAUACGGUCCAAUCAUCUGCAUUGCGCCGACUCAGAUCUCGAUUGCCUCAUUGCCAACUAUUCGUGAGAUCUAUAGUUCGACGGGCCGCGCUGACAAGAGUCCCUUCUUUAAUCACUUCGUCGCCUUCAAUCGCCGGUCGGUCUUCACGACCCUCUCCUUUCCGGAUCACAAACGCAAGCGAGCCGUUCUCUCCGCAUUCUUCCAGGGCUCAACCAUAUACGGGCAACCUGCCAUUGAGGCCUUCAUCCGUAACCAUGCCUUGGCUAUCUUAAGCCAGGUUGAGGAGAGAGGCUCAGGAAAGAGACCCGUCGACUUCUACCCACUUGCCGACUGGUACGCAUUUGACAAUGUCGCUGCACUUGUCUUUGGCCCGCAGCAUGCCUCUGCAACUACAAAGCACCCGUGUGAAGAGCGUGAGAUACUACGAGACCUCAAACAGGGCCAAGCAUGGUCCCCACUCCGCCAACGCUUUCCAUGGCUGAUCCCAAUCGUAAAGAUGGCUGUCCAUAUCCAUAAUGGGAAUACGGGCCAAUUCGACGCGGAACGCCGCUUGGCCCAGUGGACGUAUGAUCGGACGCUGCGCACGCUACAAGACCGCAAUGCUGUCGGGUUCGACAAUCUAGCUGUCUAUUUGGCGAGGAAACUAGGGCUCAAUCUCGGUCCAGGUGCUCUGCAGGAGACCUACGACGACCAUGCUCACGGCCUUGUGGAGUAUAUUGCGGCAGAAGUGCUAGACAAUAUCAAUGCAGCAGAGGCAUCGGUUGCCGCAACGAUCACGUACGUGAUUUGGUACGUGAGCAUCAAUCCUAAAUGGCAGCAGAGACUCCGAACGGAGCUUCUGGCGCUGCCCGUGAAAUCGGAUGGCCUACCCAGCUUCAACGACCUCGAUCGGGCUCCCAUCCUCGAUGCGUGCCUGAAGGAAGUGUAUCGCUUGAAGCCGGCCAGCGGCGGGCGUGCCGAGCGUGUUAUCCCUGCUGGGGGGCGCGUCGUAUCGGACGUUUAUGUUCCUGAAAAGACCGUGGUUGCGGCCUCGAUUAUCGCAGUUCACACCGAUCCUGCCAUGUUUCCCGACGAGUCGAGAUUCUGUCCCUCGCGCUGGUUGGAGGCGGACGAGGCCACAUUGGCCCGGCUCAAUGCUUCUGUCAUACCGUUUGGAUAUGGAGCGCGGGUGUGCCUGGGCAAGGUGAUGGCGAACAUGGAGAUCAAAAUCCUGCUGGCAGCGAUGUUCUUGCGCUAUGAGAUUGUGCCUGCUAGCGUGCACACGGGCGCAUCGAUGAAGCAGGCUGCUGCUCGGGAUGGGGUCCGUAGUGGCCUCAGUGGAGAGUUUUAUUGCCGACCUUUUCCUGGACCGAAUUGGCAGAACUGA